AUGUCUUCGUUUGCUGAAAUCAAAUCUAUCGAUUGUCCAGAAGUAUUUCAAAGUUCCGAAGAUAAUUAUCUUUAUGCAAAUAUUCAAAUCGAAAAUUCUAGUGAACUUAUUCAUUCGUGUCAAAUUGUUUUUCGCGGUUACGUCAGAAAAGGAGAUGUUUUGUUAUACGAAUUUUUUCAUGAACAACAAUGGCUUGUUGUGAAUUCAAACUGUAAUUGAAGUUUUUGUGAUAAAAAUAUUUAAUUAAUAUAAUGUUUCAGCAAACGAAACACAUAAUGUGUCAGUUGAUAUUUGGUUGCCGAGAUUUCCCCCAUCAAUGACUCUUGAUAACGGAAUUGUUAUUGAAUAUUGUGUCAGAGCAACUAUUAACCCUUGGUUUGAAAAUCAACACGUAGAUCGCAUAUUCUAUGUUAAACGGAGUCUUAUUCUCAAAAUGCCACAUAUUUCAUGCUAUCCGAUUGAAAAUCGUGUUAAUAAAUGUGUGGAACAUGGAAAAUUGAUGCAUAAGUAACUAAUUUGAGAGAAUUUUCACAUUUAUCAAUAAUGUAUGUUUCAGAAAAUGUGAUCCAAUAAAUGGUCAUCUGAAAAUAGAAAAGGGAGCUUACACAUUCAACGAGGAAAUCUCAGUCUCUUGGAAUUUGAAAACAGAAAAAUCAAUUUUUGAACACUUCAAACUGAAACUUGUUCAGAUAAUUGAAAUUCGUUUGAGUGAACCAGAUGUUUUUAUGAGAACACAGAAAGUUGUCAAAGUAUUGACGGAAAAAACAUCAACAUCUGAUCAAAUAUCAAUAUAUGUUCCUGAUAAUUGUUUCAUCAGUAUUCCAAUGUCUCUCUGGAAUGUUUUGAGUAUAAGACAUGAAUUGGUUCUAGAAGCAAAGCUACAGAAACAAAAACGUAUGGUUCAGUUUGAAUAUCCAAUUAUAAUAUGUUCUGAAGAAGUAGCUGUAAGUGAACUUCAAGAGUAAUCCUAUUCUUUUGAAUUUUUUUCACAGAAACGUAAUAUGAAAAACCAUCCGGGUGAUUUGUCAAAUAUGUUUUCAAGAGUUCAAGAUGUUGAUGAUGAUUCUGACGAUGAUGAUGAUUAUGAUUCCGAAGACGAUAUUGAAAAUCAACAACCCGAUCGACAAUAUUCUCUUGAUAUUGAAAAACUUACAUUGACAAGUUAGUCGUUUUUAUUUUUCAGAAACAUUGUCAUGAUUUUUUUAACAGACUCGAAUCUAACUGAUGAGAAGAAGCAAUUGGAAAGAGCUGAAGUGGAGGUUACUUUCAUCAUUAACAGUAAUGAACCUCGACCUUUGAAUUCACUACGAUUAUUGUUAACUGGAGAAGUUCGAGUGAAUACAACUUGGUAUGAAUUUGUGCGAUUCAAAGCUAUUGCAAAAUCUACAGCUGAUUCAUUAUUUUCACCUGGUCAACAUAAACAUCGUUUCCAACUUCCAUUUGCAGAAACACAAUAUGAUGUUUCUAUUCUUCCUCCUUCUUUAGGUGAUGAAGUUCGAUAUAUUGUUCGAGCUUCUACCGAAAGUUUACGACAAAAUUUAUUUGAUCAAGAAUGUGAAAUAUUGAUCGAUCGAUUUGUUGAUACUUGGGCCAAAGAAGCAUUCAAACCAAGUUAUGAGGAAGAAUACGGUUCAACAAAAAUUUCGAUGCAACAAAGAUGUUUCAAAAGAGGAAAAAGAGUGAUUAUUUUGAUUGAAGGAGAAGAUAUUAGAGAAAUUAAAGGGACAUUGAUUCAAGAACAACGGUUGAGAAUUCCUGGUUAUCGAAAAGAUGAUAGUUUUUGCUUGGAACGAACUGUGAUUAUUACAGAGGAUGAAGUAAUGAAAUCACAACAUACUCAUAUUUCACAAAUCCCUCCUAAUAUUCCACCAAGUAUUGAAAUAUGUUAUUGGAAUGUUCUACAGAUUCAAUAUUCUUACAAACUUGAAAUUAUUCUUGAAGGUGGUCAUAGUCAUACACAUUCAUUACCAAUAUGGAUUGGAUGUACUGAAGAUAAUUUGGAAGUUCCACCUGAAGUGAUCGCAGAAAGAGAAAAACAACAAAUGGAGUAUGAUGAGCCAUUAGAUGAACUACCCGAGUUUGAGGUUGUGAAUACCGAAGAAACACAAAUGGAUCCAUAUUGGGUUGAAAGAUUUAAUACUGAUACUUAUGGUUACAAGGAACCUUUAAAUGAUAUUUGA